AGGAGCGAGACCCCCCCCGGGACGGGGACCUGACAACGAGGCCAAGGCGCUGCUGCUGGGACCCCCCCACAACCGGUGGUUCGACAAGUCGCUGACGUUGGUCGUGUUCCCCUCGGGGCGCGUCGGGCUCAACGUGGAGCACUCGUGGGGAGACCCCCCCGUGGCUGGGCACCUCUGGGAGUUCGCGCUGGCCCUGGACCGGUCCCUGGGCUACGACGAGUCCGGGAGCUGCAUUGGGGAGAGCCAGGGCAGGGCCCCAGAGCCCCCCCAGGAGCUGCACUGGGACCUCCCCCCGCAGGUUUCGGGGGUGCUGCCCCAGGCCCGGGAGCAGUUCCAGGCCAUGGCUGAGGGGCUCCAGCUCCAUGUGGUGUCGGUCGAGGCCCCCCCAGGAACCUCCGGGACCCCCGAGAGCUCCCAGGAGCUGCUGGCGCUGGCGCUGGAGCUGGCACUGGUCAGGGAGCGCGGCCCUGCCCUCACGUACGAGCCGAUCCCGACGCGCCUUUUCCUUGAGGGCCGCGCUGACGGCGCACGCGGCGUGGGGCGGCCCCUGCUCGAGCUGGAACGUGCCCUGAGGGACCCCCAAAUUCCUCGGGGGCGCCGGCGGGCGCUGCUGGAGGCGGCGCUGGCGCAGGCGCGGGGGCGGCGCCGGGCGGCCAUGACGGGGGCGGGGCUGGAGCGGCACCUGCAGGCGCUUGCGGCCGUGGCCAAUCAGAUGCAGCUCCGCCCACCCUUCCUCACAGAGGUGCUGGGGCAGCCCUGGGCUCUGGCGUUUAGCCCCGCCCCUCGGCCACACCCCCCACUGCUGCCCCACCCCCUGCGGCCUGCGGGGGGGGGAUUCAACCCGCCCCACCAGGACGGGUAUGGGGUGUCCUUCACCGGGGGAGGGGACGCCGGCCCCGUCCUUGUCCACAUCUCCUGCAGGGAGGGCUCCCCAAAAACGGACCCUGAGGCCUCCCGACCGCCAUCGGCUGUCACGUGA